AUGGGCGUGAAGAAGUGGUUCACGACUUUACCCGAGUUUGGCAUCCAAGGUGGCAAAAAGCUGCGUGGUGUCUACUUGAACAAAGCUAUCGGCUUCGUCGCUGGUGCUGGAUUCAUGUUUGGUUAUGACCAAGGUGUCAUGAGUUCUUUGCUCACGCUUGAGGAAUUCGAAAGACAAUUUCCUACAGCCACACCCUAUACUCCAUCUGAUCCUGUUUGUCAAGACCCUACUCAAUGUACUGGUACUCCAGCUUUACAAUCGAACAUGGUGUCCAUUUAUCAAAUUGGAUGUCUUUUGGGUGCAAUCUUAAUUCUCUUUGUUGGUGAUGCUCUUGGUCGUCGUGUCUCCACCUUUUGGGGAACUGCUAUCAUUAUUGCUGGUACAAUUAUUCAAGCUGCUGCCAAUAGCUAUGGUUUGCUUUGCUUUAGCCGUAUCUUCACCGGUAUCGGUAAUGGCAUGGUCACGAGUACAAUUCCCACCUGGCAAAGUGAAUGUGCCAAGCCAAAGGAUCGUGGUUAUCUAAUCAUGAAUGAAGGCAUGCUUAUUGGCUUUGGUAUCAUGAUUUCAUAUUGGAUCGAUUAUGGCUUCUAUCAUACCACAGGUGAAAUCCGCUGGCGCUUCCCUGUUGCUUUCCAAGCCUUCUUUGCUCUCGUUGUCAUUUCCGGUAUUCUUGUCCUCCCCGACUCCCCUCGUUGGUUGCUCAAAAAGAACUACGUCGAAGAAGCCCGUGAUGUCAUUGCUCGUCUCAAUGGUGUCGAUGUCGAUUCAGAGCAAGUUGCUGAAGACAUUGCUAUCUUGGAACACACUCUUGCUCUCGAAACUGAACGCUUCUCAUGGCGCGAAUUCUGGAGACAUGGUCGUGUACAGCACUUCCGUCGCAUGUUGCUUGGUGUCAUUGCUCAAGCUAUGCAGCAGUAUUGCGGUAUCAACCUUAUCACUUACUAUGCCACCAUUCUCUUUGAGCGAUCUCUCGGCUUUGAUGCUUCCAUGUCUCGUCUUUUGGCUGCCGUAAACGGUACCGAGUAUUGGCUUUCAGCUGUUGUUGCCAUGUUUUGUGUCGAGCGAUUCGGCCGUCGCAGGCUCAUGUUUGUGGGUCUUGUUGGUAUGAUGUGCUCCAUGGCUGUUCUUGCAGGCUGUAUUUCAUCUGGUGGUCGUGAUGCUGAAGGCAACAUUGUAUUGGCCGAAGCUGAAGGUGAUGUCGCUACCUUGACACUUUUCACUUUCAACACCUUCUUUGCCAUUGGUUUCCUUGGUAUGACUUGGUUGUAUCCUGCUGAAAUCAAUCCUUUGCGUACUCGUAUGGCUCAAAAGAUGCCCAAGUUGGAAGGUGCUGCAUUGGAACGAGAACUCGCCCGUUACUUUGAUGAUGGCAGCAGUGCUGAAGGCUCUCAACAAGAUAUGGAGAAGUCUGCACCACCAGCAACAUCUUCUGCUUCUGACGAGAAGGUCGAGGCACCUUUAUCAGACACCAAAUGA